GGGUUCUUUCCACCUGGCCGGGCUUCGGUUAGCCGCUUCGCCGUCCGCGCAAUGGCGGCGCGGACGUCAUGGAAGAGCCGAAGGUGGGCAGCGCCGGGCCGCGGCGGGACCGGCGGUCCCGGCUCAGUGUGGUGCAAGCGGAGGCGCUGCGGUCCAGCCGCGCGGUGCUGGAGCAGCGCCAGCAUGGUGAAGGACCAGAGAAGGACCCCGAGGCUGAGGACGCGUCCGGCGCCGAAACGGGCGGCCACGCCAAGCUGCUCUUGGAGCUGGCGGCCGCCAAGGAUGCACUGAAAGCAGCGCAGGAACAGCUGCCCCAGGUGGAAGCGGAAAACGGCUCGAGCGCGGCAAGCGAGCUUGCGCUGGCGGCACUGAAGCAGGAGCUGACGGAGGCACGGAACAAGCAGGCGGAGUCCCGGGAGGAAGCCGCGCGGGCAGAGAAAAGCACGGCUGAGUGGCGCGCGGAGCAUGCCGAGCUUGCUGGGGAUGCGAAGAAACACAAGGACGAGCUUCAAGAAGCCACCACUGCCAGAGACAAGCUCCAGGAAGAGAUGAACACAGAAGCUGAGGAGCUGAAAGAGGCACAUAGCUCGGGGGCAGAGGCGGCUUCAAAGAAUCUGGAGGAAUUGAAGGAGCAAGUUGCGCGGGCAGAGAAAAACACAGCUGAGUGGCGCGCGGAGCAUGCCGAGCUUGCUGGGGAUGCGAAGAAGCACAAAGACGAGCUCCAAGAAGCCAGCGCGGCCAGAGACAAGCUCCAGGAAGAGAUGAAGACAGCAGCGGAGGAGCUGAAAGAGGCACAGAGCUCGGGGGCAGAGGCGGCUUCAAAGAAUCUGGAGGAAGUGAAGGAGGAAGUUGCGCGGGCAGAGAAAAGCACGGCUGAGUGGCGCGCGGAGCAUGCCGAGCUUGCUGGGGAUGCGAAGAAGCACAAAGACGAGCUUCAAGACGCCACCGCGGCCAGAGACAAGCUCCAGGAAGAGAUGAAGACAUCAGCGGAGGAGCUGAAAGAGGCGCAGAGCUCGGGGACAGAGGCGGCUUCAAAGAAUGUGGAGGAAUUGAAGGAGGAAGUUGCGCGGGCAGAGAAAAGCACGGCAGAGUGGCGUGCGGAGCAUGCCGAGCUUGCUGGGGAUGUGAAGAAACACAAGGACGAGCUUCAAGAAGCCACCGCGGCCAGAGACAAGCUUCAGGAAAAGAUGAAGACGGAGGAGCGUGCGGAGCGCGCCAGCCUGGUGGCUCCCAGCGACGCGUGCAGCCGGCUUCGGCUCGACAGCGGGGAGUCUGAGCCUGGGCACGAGGUGCAGCAGCGAUUGCUUUUGCUGCACCAGACCGAGACGGAUCUGAGGAGGGCCCUGGCGGCUCACCGCUACGUGGUGCGGCACAUGGUGGCCGAGCAGCCGCCCAAUCCGCCGAAUCCGGCGGCGCAUGCGAAGCGGAGGGAGACCUCGGCGUCGGAGAGCGAAGGUGAGCCGAUUAGCAGCACGGUGCGGCGCUCGGUGCAGCCGAGCGGCCGGGACUGCCAGGACUUCCUCUUCAGCCGCGCGGCGUCCGCGGCGUCUUCCUCCGCGGCUUCCGCGAUGCCCGCCUCCGCUGUAGCCUGGCUGCGCGGGGAGCCGUCGGGCGGAUGACAAAUCCGGCGCACCACGCGGAGAACUCUGACGUGUCAGGCGGACAACUCUGUGCCAGCUGGAAAUGCUGAAGAUGCCACUCUCGGGAGAAUGAAAACAAGGUCGAGCGAGCCCUGCCGAACAACCAGAUGUGCGCGGACCGCGACCAGGAGCCCAAGUGGCUCUGGCUCCGGACUGGGAGAGAUGGGGCCAGACUCGCAACUUCUCGAUCUAGGCAGCGAGUUGGCGUUCGCGCGGUCGAUUCUUGCUGCGCAGCUGACGAGGCCUGCGGAGCUUUUGCAGAGGUGAAUGGCAACAGACGACCUUGCACGCCAACGCUGCGCGGAGGGCCGCAGACUGCGCCUGGUGUUACAGCACAAGCGCAGACUGCGCUUUCAGAGCCCAGAAUGGGCUUGACGGAACCUUGGCCUUGCCGGAAGCGGAG